AUGGCAAAGCUUGGGCCAGGCAGAUGGUGUUGGGGAGUUGAAGGGCAGGAUCUAAACCAGAUUGAACGCGAAAUCCGUCCCCUCUCUGUGACGUCACUUCCGCUUCCUGCCUUGGGCGGCCAUUUCUGUGCGGAUCGCGCCUGGCCGGUGGAAACGCAGCUCGUGCUGGAUCUUUGGCCGCGCUCCUCCCGGAGUGGCGAGUGCGUGGAGCCGCAACCAUGGCCCGGGUUUAGAGCACCGGCAGCUUCGGGCUCCCAACAACCGGGCCUAGGAUUAGAACGAAUGCCACUCUUCGGCUUAGAAUUUAUCAGUUGCGGGGUCCCAGCCGCCUGGACCGGAAGGGAGACCUUCAGCGAAUUCCACGUGCUUGGGGUAAAGGAGAGGCGGGAGACUGAAGCAGAUGUAAAUCCAAAAGCCUACCCCCUCGCAGAUGCCCACCUCACAAAGAAGCUAUUGGACCUCGUUCAGCAAUCCUGCAACUACAAGCAGCUUCGAAAAGGAGCCAAUGAGGCCACCAAAACCCUCAACAGAGGCAUCUCGGAGUUCAUCGUGAUGGCCGCGGAUGCCGAGCCGCUGGAGAUCAUCCUGCACCUCCCGCUGCUGUGUGAAGACAAGAACGUGCCCUAUGUGUUUGUGCGCUCCAAGCAGGCCCUUGGGCGGGCCUGCGGUGUCUCCAGGCCUGUCAUUGCCUGCUCCGUCACUAUUAAGGAGGGCUCCCAGUUGAAGCAGCAGAUCCAGUCCAUUCAGCAGUCCAUCGAGAGGCUUCUCGUCUAA